AUGUUCCAGUUUAUCGAAUCUCACGUGGCUGCUACGCCCCUGGCGCACCUCUACGCCUAUGCGCCCUCCUCGCUAGUCAAUGCGACAGCCCUUGCCACCGUCUUCAUGACUGUUGUCGGCCUUGCAGCUGCCGUGAGUCAACAGGUGCGCGACGUGCUCGUCUUCAGCUACACCUGCUUCCUCCAGCCUCUCGGCAAGACCGCCAACCAGGCUGAGCGUCUCGACAAGUUCUACCAGCACCAAGCUACUGUCUACGACUCUACCCGUUCUGGACUCCUCAAGGGCCGAACUACUAUGCUCAAGCUGUGCGCUGCGCAGCUUCGUGACAUGCAGGCCACCAACCCCGGCAAACCCCUCGUCUGGGUCGACAUCGGUGGUGGCACUGGUUGGAACAUUGAGCAGAUGAACGAACACUUCCCCAUUGACCAGCUCUCUCAGGUCUACCUGAUCGACCUCUGUGAGCCACUCCUCGAGGUGGCCCGCAAGCGAUUUGCUGCUAAGGGUUUCAAGAAUGUUCAGGUUCUCUGCCAAGAUGCCAGUCAGUUCAACAUGCCUGGUCUUGCUCCUGGUCAAAAGGUCGACCUGUUUACCUGCAGCUACUCGAUUUCGAUGAUCCCGCCCUUCUAUGCCGUCCUGGAUCGCAUCAACGACUUCCUCGACCCUGUUACGGGUGUCUUUGGCGUCGUCGACUUCUAUGUUUCGGCUAAGAGUGCGCCUUCCGAAAAGAGUCCCAUGAUCGGAGGUGACACCCGCCGCCAGUGCGGUUGGCUUAGCCGAUGGUUCUGGAGCAUGUGGUUCUCGCUCGACCACAUCGAGCUGCACCCUGCCCGCCGUGACUACCUCGAGCACAAGUUCGGUACGAUCAAGUGCUACAACGGCCGCAACAACUUUAUCGUCCCCUUUAUUGUACGCAUCCCGUACUACAUCUGGCUUGGCGUCUCGCGCGACCGCGACACCACCAAGGCGCUCCAGGCUUUCGAGGUUGAAUCCGGCAACCGAGUUGUGGUGCCGCCUUCCUUUCCUGAGCUCGCUUACCUGCACGAAGACGAGUCGCUCUCCAAGCAGCGAUCUAAUGCCACGGCAACUGGCGUCGACGCGGGCGACGACGCUAGCAGCCGCUUCGAGCCAGCUCGGAGGCUCAUUCGUCGCAGGGUUUCGGAAGCGACCACCGAGGGCAGCAUCGACGGCGACUCGGACCGACCGCUCAAGCUCGAACUCGGCCCGCACUUCCCACUGAGCUCGUUCCAUUACCAGAAGCGACAGUGGCGGCUGCCGUUUGUCGACAACGAGUUUAGCGAUAUGUUCCGUACCUGGAUCUACGGGUUCACUUGGGAAGACCCUUACGUCGACAUGGAACAUCUCAACCUCGGCCGUGACGACUCGAUCCUCUGUAUCACCUCGGCCGGCGACAAUGCUUUGCACUACGCUGUAGCGGGGAAGCCACGCAGGAUCCACGCGGUCGACAUGAACCCUUGCCAGGGCCACUUGCUGGAGCUCAAGCUCGCAUGCAUCGCUGCGCUCUCCUACGACGAGAUGUGGCAGAUGUUCGGUGAGGGACGUAUCGACAACUUCCGCGAGCUGCUCGACAGCAAGAUCUCGCCUUACCUCUCGUCACACGCCUACCAGUUCUGGCGCCUCAACACGUGUGCCUUUGACAAGGCGUUCUACUUCCGCGGCUACUCGGGUCACGCUCUGAGGCUGGCCAAGUUUGCCUUCACAGUGACGGGCGUGCGACGAUGGGUCGAGAGGAUGUGCACGGCCAACUCGGUCGAGGAGCAGCAAGACCUGUGGAACAAGAAGCUGCGCUCGACACUGAUCAACAAGCCGCUCAUCCGGCUGUUCCUGUCCAACCCGGCAUUCCUGUGGAACGCGCUGGGUGUGCCCAUGAACCAGUACCAGAUCUUCCUCAACGAAGGCGUGUCGGCGGAACAGUUUGCGAUCGACACGCUCGACUCGAUCCCCAGCCGCAGCCUGAUCAAGAACGACAACUACCAUUACCAGCUCUGUCUGCUGCACAAGUACACCAAGCAGAGCUGCCCGCUGUACCUCAAGCCCGAUGGAUUCGCCGCACUCAAAAAGCAGGCGCUCGAAGACGGCCUGGACUCGUUCCGCCUGCACACGGACUCGAUCGUCAAUGUGCUGCGCGGCUUCGAAGACGGCGCUCUCACGCGUGCGAUCACCAUGGACCACAUGGACUGGUUCGACCCCGUCCCCGCCUCGCAGCCCGCCCCGACGAUCAAGCAGGCCCGCAAGGAUGCGGACAAGUCGGUCUCGGAUCUGGACAGGGAGAUCUGCGAGCUUUCGCGCGUCGUACGCAAGGGCGGUGCGGUGUUCUACCGCAGCGCUGCCAAGAAGCCGUGGUACAACCAGAGAUUCGAGAAGAUGGGCUUCAAGGUGGAGCCAGUUCAUAUCCGUGAGACUGGCAAGCCGAUCGAUAACGUCAACAUGUACGCUAGCUUCUACAAAGCAACUCGACUGUAG